ACAGAAGUUUAGUAGUAACCUGUAAACAGCGAUUUCAGGGUUUUCACUUAACAACUUUUUAAUUGAAGUCGAAAAUGGCUGAGAAAUAUGGAAUAUCUGAAAACAAAUUUAAACUCAUACAAAUGCAAGCCGAAAGGCGUGCGGAGUUGAGGAAAGAGUUUCUAAAACAGAGAACCAAUCCAUGGAAAAAUGCUUCAGAGGCGGGCUAUGUUUUCGACUCGGCCCAUCAGAGAUUCAUAUCCAUGAAAGUGACUCAACUCGACCAUUUUCAACCCAAUAAGAGGACUGCUCUGUUCGGAUUCUUUACCAUAAUAGUCCCAAUGUUUUCAUACGGAUAUUUAAUCAAGAAACACCGCGACAAUAGGGAACGCCAGAUCAGAUCGGGAGAACUGCGUUACAGGGAGAGGGAGUUCAAACUUUGCUAAAAAUCAAUGUUGUUGUAUAGAAAUCUAGUUAAUCACGUUUAAAA